AUGAACAUUCUUGUUCAAGAGCUUUUAAUUGACAUAAAUCAUGGGAAAUUGAAUCCUUCGUUGAUAACUCCUACUCAACUGUAUGAAGAAGUUAGGAGCAUCAAAGAACAUCUUCCAAAUAAAUUAAGGCUGCCAGGAAAUAGCGAUAAUCAGUUGCAAGUUAUUUAUAAGCUUUUAUCGGCAAUAGGAACAAUAAUGGAUAAGAAACUAAUCAUAAAGGCAGAAAUACCAUUAUUUGACACACAAGAAUCAAACCUAUACAAAGUAAUUCCGAUGCCUAUGGAAAAGCAUGGGAUAAUUUUGAGUCCAAUGAUACAAAAGCAGUUUCUUAUAUAUAAUUUCGAAAUGGACUCAUACCAUUUGAUGACGGAAACACAGCUCAACUUAUGCAAACACGUCACAGAAGCGGAGUAUGUUUGUGAAGGUAAUUGGCCAUGGCUAGAUGACUCGUCGUGUGAGAUUUCACCAUUGAAGCCUUUAAACGCUUAUAAAUGUACAUACAUUGAAGCGGAAUCAUCUCUAUAUUGGGUAAAACUAAAUAAUGCAAAUAAUUGGUUAUUUAAAACAUUUAAACCAACAUCAGCACAUAUCCAGUGUAAUCAAAAUCGGCAAUUUAUUUUAGAACUUCCACAACAGGGAAGAAUAUCAUUGCAACCAGGAUGUACAAUAAGAAUUGAAGGUGUUACAAUAAAAUCACCAUUUAAUAUAAACUCUAAUUCGAAAAAGGAAAUACCAGCCACAUUGACAGCGAAGAUAGGGAACACUACUAGAAUUCGUUUUCCACCAUUAAAUUUAUUAAUAUCCAAUCACACAAAUGAACUGCAAGAGCUUCAGAGUCAAAUCAAAGUCAUAAAAGAAGAGAAUAUUAAAUUACGUGAAAUUAAAUAUCAUCAAAUAGCAAGUCAUACAUCUCUUUUCUUAGUAACAAUUUUGAUAAUAGGUAUAGUGAUAUAUUUUAUAAAAAGGAAGCAUACGGAACGCGCAAUUGCUCGAUUGGACAUUUUUAACAAGGAGAAUCUGUAA